AGCCAUAUGAUGAUUCCUUAACUUUCUGGAAGUAAUUCAAUAAUAAUGAGCUAAGGAAUGUGAUGUAAAAUACCAGCUCGUUUGGAAUGACUUGAUGUUCCUGUGCUGAUAAUAUUUGUCAAAACGCUUGGGUAUCUCUCCUAUGGAAGAUGGCAGUUGAUAUUUCUGCUGUAAGGAUGGUGAUGAGAGAUGAAGGAAAGCGAGGAUAAUGUCCUCUGGCAAGAAAAUUUUCAAAAAAAAGUUUGCUGUUUUUGAGAGUUGUGGAUAUAUUUUUUUUUCUAAUAAAUUUUUUUUUAGACAGCAGCCUGAAAAGGUGCUGUGGGUAGGACUUGGGGGCAGGCAGGUUACAGGCAGACACAACGAGGCUAUGAUAUUCUCUUGGACUAUUGCAAAAGGCAAAAAACCCCUGUUUCUCAGGAAGCUCAUACCAUGUUGUAAGGCUGGAGGUGGAUGUAAAGCUCCAAAGAAAAUCACUUCUCAGGUUUAUGGUGGGCUGCGGUAGAUGUGAUGAUUGGUUUCAUGGUGAUUGUGUUGGACUGAGUCUUUCUCAAGCCCAGCAGAUGGGCGAAGAAGAUAAAGAAUACGUGUGUGUGAAAUGCUGUGCUGAAGAAGACAAAAAAAUGGAGUGUUUUGAUCCAAGCGUACCGGACGCUCAGGUGAAACUUGAAAUCCACAGAGAAGAAAAAGCAACCGAGUGUGAAAAACCGGGGAUGUCGAAGCCAAUAGCUGCUUGUAAUAUAAAUGUAACAGCUGAAAAAACAAAGCAAACUGAGGACGCUGGGAAGCACAAAGUCAAAAUCUUCAGACGGGAAUCUGGUGAUGGGAAGAAUUUGUCCGAGUCCAGAGACUCGGAUACUAAAAAAGGGCAACAUGUUCCUGCUCGAAAAGGAUCACAAACUGCUGUCAUUCCUCGGCGCUCCCCUGACGAUAAAAAUGAAAAAAUAAGUAAAGAAUCCCUUAAUGUGGUUGAAAAGUCCAUGAAAUCAGGUGUUCAUGAGAAACAAGAAAUUAAGAAAAAGAAAAAUGAGAAAGGAUCCGUCAGUGCAACACACCUGCCAGCCGUGCCAGCUUCCAAACCUUCUGCUGAUCAGAUAAGACAGAGUGUCAAGCAGUCUCUUAAAGAAAUUCUGAUGAAAAGAUUGACAGACUCCACUUUGAAGAUUCCUGAGGAGAGAGCAGCGAAAGUUGCCACAAGGAUUGAAAGGGAGCUGUUUUCUUUUUUUCGGGACACUGAUGCAAAGUAUAAGAAUAAAUACAGAAGUUUAAUGUUCAAUCUAAAAGACCCUAAAAAUAAAAUAUUAUUUAAGAAAGUACUGAAAGGAGAGGUUACUCCAGACCAUCUAAUAAAAAUGAGCCCAGAAGAACUGGCUUCCAAAGAACUGGCUGCUUGGAGACAGAGAGAAAACAGACACACAAUUGAGAUGAUCGAGAAGGAGCAGAGGGAAGUCGAAAGAAGACCCAUCACAAAAAUUACUCACAAAGGAGAAAUAGAAAUUGAAAGUGAAACACCAAUGAAAGAGCAAGAGGAAGUCAUGGAAAUCCAGGAACCUAAUAUGAAGUCUGAGAAGUCAGAGGAAGCUGAAAAAGAAGUAAAUGAAUCUGCAUCCCCGGACACCACAAGUCAACAUAAAAAUCAUCUCUUUGAUCUUAACUGCAAAAUCUGCAUAGGCCGAAUGGCACCACCUACUGAUGAUCCCUCUGCCAAAAAAGUGAAAGUGUCCGUGGGAGUUGCGCGGAAGCCAUCGGAUAACGAGGCAGAGAGCAUCGCAGACGCACUUUCUUCAACAUCCAGUAUUUUAGCUUCAGAAUUACUGGAAGACGAUAAGCAAGACCCAUCAAAAUCAUCAUUCACACCUCUCCCAAAGUCAGAAACGCCUGGUACUGUGGAAUGUGAAAGCCUGUUUCUGGCACGCCUGAAUUUCAUCUGGAAGGGUUUUAUCAAUAUGCCUUCAGUGGCAAAGUUUGUUAUUAAGGCUUAUCCAGUUUCUGGCUCUUUUGAAUAUUUAACAGAGGAUUUACCUGACAGUAUUCAAGUAGGUGGCAGGAUAUCUCCUCACACUGUCUGGGAGUAUGUAGAAAAAAUCAAAGCUUCAGGGACCAAGGAGAUCUGUGUGGUUCGCUUCACCCCCGUGACUGAGGAGGAUCAGAUCUCCUACGCGCUGCUCUUUGCCUAUUUCAGCAGCAGGAAACGCUACGGCGUGGCGGCCAAUAACAUGAAGCAAGUGAAAGAUUUGUACCUCAUCCCUUUAGGUUCCUCAGAUAAAGUCCCACAUCAUCUUGUGCCUUUCGACGGGCCCGGGAUUGAAAUACAUCGACCAAAUUUGUUACUGGGAUUGAUAAUUCGGCAGAAAAUGAAGAGGCAGAUCACUGCUGUUGCCAGUGUCACCAGCAGUUUUGCGGAUGAAGCUUCUGAAAGUACCUUGAGUAACCUGCCACCAGAGAAGAAAAGUAAGCCCAGCAAACCUGAUGUCUCCCAUCACGAGCUGGCGCUAGAAGAAGAGGAGGAAAACGAUUUUUUCAAUUCCUUCACGACUGUGCUGCACAAGCAGAGAACUAAACCUCAGCAAUCUAGUACAGAAGAAGUUCCAGCAGUUAUUGAACCACUGGUGGAAAGCAGCAAACACGAACCACCGAAGCCUCUCAGAUUCCUUCCCGGAGUCCUGGUUGGAUGGGAAAAUCAGCCUUCUACACUGGAGCUAGCAAAUAAACCAUUGCCCGUGGAUGACAUUCUCCAAAGCCUGUUGGGCACGACGGGGCAGGUGUAUGAAGGCAGCAAGUCAGAGACGAGUCCCAGUGAAGACAUACCGUUAUUAAACGAACAAGCAACCCUAAAAGAAGAAAACAUGGAUGUUGCUGAGGUAUCUACCGAAGUUGGUGAGACAAAGACCGGUUUGGAUGACCCACAAGAAUCCACUAACGCUCCUGUGACAGUGGAUGCAGCAGCUGUAGGGACCUCAAGUUCUGCAAGAAGCACUGGAUCUUUGAUGGGGCUGAGUCUUAAGGGAAAGCCUCCAGAUGUCUCCACAGAAGCGUUUUUAGCAAACUUAUCUGCUCAGUCGCAGAACAAAGAAGCUGAAGAAAGCAAAGAGAAUGACCCAAAGCGGCAGUUACCCGACAAGGACAGUGUUGCACAGGAGGUUAGAAGGACUGCAAACUCCAGCUUUUCUUCUUCCUCAUCAAAUGCAGGGAAAAAACCCAAUGAGAACAACGGCAACGUAGGCUCUGCUGAAGGUACCGCCGCUAAUACCUCUAAAUCCCCAUUUAUUAACCUUAAGAGAGACCCGAGACAGGCAGCUGGACGAAGCCAGCAGACAAAUGCUUCGGAAAGCAAGGAGGGAGAGGCCAGCAGAAAUGAAGACCAACAGAACGCUCCAGGAACCGACCCGACGGAAGCAGAGAACAACCAGCCUCCUGGAGAAGGAGGGCUCAACCCCUAUCAGGGCGACGCGCAAGGCGGCGAGACGCAGUACGGCUCCGCUGCAGCCAAGGGGGACCCCGCGGGGGCAUCGCAAGGGGAGGACACCCGGCACUCGCAGGAAGAUGCCCUGAGGCAAAACAUCGAAACGGUGAACUCGUUCAGAAGAGGACCAGCAGCAGCUUCAUCUCAUUUCGAAACGGAAAACUCUUCCCGUUCGGAAUUUAUCUCCAAAGUCCCAAGCCCUGUCACGAGUGGCAGCUUCCCGUCCGUUAGGCCCCCGCCGCAGAAUUUCCAGCAUCCCAAAUCCAACCCGCCUGGAUUUCAGUUCCAGGCCCCCGCGCCUCAUAACUUCCCUCCACAAAACAACCCCAUGUUUGGGUUCCCUCCUCACUUACCGCCUCCGCUCCUCCCUCCUCCCAGCUUUGGCUUUCCUCAAAACCCCAUGAUGUCCUGGCCACCAGUAGCUCAUUUAUCAGGUCAGCCGCCGCACUACGCCGGACCCAUGGCGCCGGGGCUGCCGGUGCCUCACAAACAAUCAAGAUUUUUGGGGCCAGAAAAUUUUUUUCAGAGUAAAGACAGCAGGAGGCCGGAAAGACGCCACAGCGACCCUUGGGGCAGGCAAGAGCAGCACCUGGAGAGAGGGUUCAGUAGAGGGAAAAACGAUCAACACAGACAAAGGUUCUACAGCGAUUCCCAUCACCAAAAGAAAGACAGACAUGAAAAAGAGUGGAACAAUGAGAAAUACUGGGAGCAAGAUGCUGAAAGGAACAGGCGCAGAGACAGAAAUCAGGAAAAAGAGAGAGAGAGGAAGAGUAGAGAGGAAGGACAGAGAGACAAAGAGAGAUUGCGAUCCCCGCACGGCGAUAGGGCUGCUGAUGGAAAAAGCCCCAGAGAGACUAGAAAUCCAGAAAAAAAAACGGAGAAGCCUAAAAGUGAAGAGCAGGCUCAUGAAAAGGAUAAGGAGAGGGAGAAAAGCAAAGAGAAGCAUAGAGAACGAGAAAGUGAAAAGAACAGAGAGAGGCACAGGGACCACAGUGACAGAACUAAAAGCAAAAGGUAAAAAGAUGCAGGCAGUCUUCGAAAAUCCUAUUUAAAUAAACUGUUAGAGUAAUGUCAUAAAACUUUGUAUAAAACAAACAAAAAAAAAAGCAGCAGCCUGCUAGGAUGGUGCCAUCUUUUUUUAUUCCGUGUUGGUGUUUUGCAGAAACAAGUCUGUGUUUUGGUACCACUCAAUGUACCAAUACUCAUCCUUUUUUUCAUUAUACCAACUAUCGCUAGAAGUAGGAGUUUAAUAUUUUUAAAAAUUUUACAUUGCUGUAUAUUCAAAAUUUUAAAGAUUUCUUUUAUUAAUAUGCAAUAAAGGCUUAGAAAUUUUCUUAGCUGAUGAAGUUGGCUUUAGUCAAGUCUGCAAUAUAGUCGCUGCCUUUGGUAAUUUGUGCUCUCUUCUGUUUUAAGAUGCUCUGAUGAUUUUCAAGGUGAAUUUCAUACAAUAACCUUCUUUUUAAAUUGCACUGUUUUUAAAGACUGUAGCAAAGCCUCAGAAUCUACACACAUUACAAGAAAAUAUAAUACUGCUCCGUGGUGUGAAGAGUUGUUUUUUUUUUAAGAAAAAAAAAAUAUUCAGAGUACAAUAAAAUAAUUCCAAGUGUAUUUCAUUAGUUUUUCAAGUAUUUCCUAAGCAUCUGAAGCAGUUUGUGACCAGAAAUUGGAAGGCUGAGCUGCUCGAAUGUUAUUGCUUUAAACUGCACUUGUUUUAAUAAGAAAGCAUUUUAACCUAAAUUCUUGAGAAUAUGAUUUGUAGUAGUAAAUUCAUUUCUCCCACCAUUUUCCGUGCUUCAAAAACUUGAAUACCUAAGCUUGUACAUUACUUUGUGUUUUGCUAUCCUUUUUACUGUAAAAUGUAAAUAUUUUAAGGGAUAUUUUGAUUCUAAAAUGAUAAAACUUUCUCACAUAC